CAUCAUCUUCGCCAUCCAUCAUCUCCGCUGAUCAGUCCUGCCCGCACCAAUUGAUACAAAACGCUCGCCGGUGUAUUACUCGGCUGCGGAAGUGUGGCACGUCCCGCUCAGCAGCAAACGAAGGCGCAGAACAUCGACCACAGCUACAAAUCCGCUUAGACACUUGAUCGCAGGCCAAGUAUGACCAUCUGCGCCCAGUAGUGGCCGCUUUCUGCUCUUCUCUUGUCAGUUCGCUGCUCUUUCUGACCUUGCUGCACCAUGGACAGCACCGCCGCCGCCUUUGACACGGCCAAUACUGUCAAGCUCAUCGAUCCCACCCGCGACGCCCUCUACAAUUACGACUCGGCCGAGCAGAAGAAGAUCAAUGAAGCGAGGCCAUGGCGUUCAGACCCGCAUCACUUCAAACAUGUGCGCAUAUCGUCAAUGGCCCUGGUGAAGAUGGUCAUGCAUGCACGAUCAGGAGGCGACAUUGAGGUCAUGGGCCUGAUGCUGGGCUAUGUCGAGCACGAGACGUUCAUCGUCACAGAUGCGAUGCGCCUGCCUGUAGAAGGGACAGAAACGCGGGUCAACGCGGGUGAUGAGGCAAACGAGUACAUUGUCAAUUUCCUUGAGAAGUCGCGCGCGGCAGGGCAACAGGAGAACUCCGUGGGAUGGUACCACAGCCAUCCUGGGUACGGCUGCUGGCUUUCUGGUAUCGACGUGACGACUCAAUUCAACUACCAGACCUAUACCGAUCCAUUCCUGGCAGUCGUCAUCGAUCCGCACCGGACGAUCAGCUCGGGCAAGGUGGAGAUCGGAGCUUUUCGAACAUAUCCGGAGGGCUACAAGCCGGAAGGUCAGGCGUCUUCUGCUGAGGGCAUGGCUGCCGUACCCAUGGCAAAAGCGCAGGAUUUUGGCGCUCACGCAAACAGAUACUAUCCACUCGAGGUGACACACUUCAAGUCGACUCUCGACAAUAAGCUGCUUGAGGCACUUUGGAACAAGUAUUGGGUGCAGACCCUCUCAUCGACACCUCUGGAGACCAACCACGACUAUGUUACUAACCAGAUCGCGGAUUUGGCUGCAAAGACCAAGCAGAUGCACGGAGGCACAAAGACAUUCAACGCCUCCCUCGCGCCGUCUAAGAAGGGCAAGGGGGAUGAGCAGAUGGCAAAGUUGGUCAAGGCAGCUGAGAAGAUUGCCAGUGAGGAGAAGAUGGGCCUCAUGGCUUCCGUUGUCAAGGAGGGUUUCUUUGCGGACAACGCGGUCCAGGUUGCUGAAGCCGCGGAAGUCGUCGAAGGUGGCGCAGAUACCAAGAUGGAAGAGUAGAUGGCACUGCUCAGCUUGCCGAUGCGCAUGUUGCGCUACGCUCAACAGAUAUUGAGCGCAUGACUUUACGAACGG